AUGGCCGGCCGUAUCCAUAGGAUUACCAUGUUCAAGCUGCCUGACCCUGAGGGCCAGCAAAAGCUUAUUGACGCGUACAAGACGUUGGGACAGAAGCAGAAGAAGGAUGGGAAACCGUACAUUCUCAGUAUGACGACGGGGCCAGCGAUGGAAGACCCUCGAUCUCAGGGGUGGACGGUGGUCAGCAAGACCGAAUUUGCGAGUCUGAAUGAUAUGAAGUACUACGAUGAUCAGUGCGAAGCGCACGCUGAGCUGAAGAGCUUGGCGAAGGGGUUGGGAAUUCAGGGUGGUCCGGCGGGGGUUAUGACGGUGUAUUUUGAGGCAGCUGCUACGCUAUGA